AUGCUUUCAGAUGAAGCAACGCUGAAAGGAGUUGAUGGAUGUAACGCCCUGGUCUUGCCUUCAAAAAAAGCAAAGAAGAAAAAAGUAUCAAGUGUUUCUCAACAGCCAAAAAAGCCCUUAAGCAAGAAACAGAAGAAAAACCUGCAGAAAGUUUUAGAGCAGAAAGAAAAGAAAAAGCAGCGAGCUGAGUUGCUGAGCAAACUCAGUGAAGUCCAGGCUUCCGAGGCAGAGAUGAAGCUUCUGUACACCACUUCUAAGCUGGGCAUUGGGGAGCGAAUGUAUCAGACCAAAAGGAUGGUGCAGGAGCCAGGGACCAUUGCACCUGAGAAGAUCAGGAGCAUCAGUGGGGCAAAUAAGAGAAGGCACAGCUCAGAUUCAGAAUCGGAGCCUGAGGAAGAAUCAAGUAGCUCUGAAGAGGAGAAGGAAGACCAGAAAGAAGAAAUUGAAAAGGUUUCAGGCGGUGGUCUGAAUACAGCUGAAAAAUCAGAGGAAGGCAUUGAGGAGACAGCAAGUCCCCAGCCGGCCGUUCCUAGCGCAACGGUUUGUCAGACAGCAUCCAACAAACCCUCUUGCAAGCCUGCAGUUUUCAUCCCUGUGGACAGGGCUCCUGAGAUUCAGGAAGCAAGACUAAAGCUUCCAAUUCUUGCUGAAGAGCAAUCUAUCAUGGAAGCCAUUAAUGAGAAUCCCGUCGUGGUGAUAUGUGGAGAAACAGGAAGCGGUAAAACCACGCAGGUACCUCAGUUUCUGUAUGAAGCUGGCUAUGCCAGUUCAAGUGGUGCCAUUGGGAUCACAGAGCCUCGGCGUGUGGCUGCUGUGUCCAUGUCCCAGCGAGUUGCUAAAGAAAUGAAUUUGUCGCACAGAGUUGUUUCAUAUCAAAUACGAUAUGAAGGAAAUGUGUCAGAUGAAACACAAAUCAAGUUCAUGACCGAUGGUGUGCUGCUGAAGGAAAUUCAGAAGGACUUUCUGCUUUCAAAGUACAAAGUAGUUAUUAUUGAUGAAGCCCAUGAAAGAAGUAUGUACACAGAUAUCCUGAUAGGCCUCUUGUCUCGCAUUGUGCCUCUUCGUGAAAAGAAAGGGCUACCGCUGAAGCUCAUCGUCAUGUCAGCCACCCUUCGUGUGGAAGACUUCACUGAGAACAAGAGGCUGUUUUCUGUGGUACCUCCUGUUAUUCAGGUAGAUGCAAGGCAAUACCCUGUGACUAUUCACUUCAACAAGAAAACCCCCCUAGAUGACUAUAGUGGGGAGUGCUUCAGAAAAGUGUGUAAAAUCCAUCGAAUGCUGCCCUCAGGUGGGAUUUUGGUGUUUUUGACAGGACAGGCUGAAGUUCACUCACUCUGUAGAAGGCUGAGGAAAGCUUUUCCUUUCAAAAAGAAUAACAUUGCAGGAAAUGAUGACAAAGAAGAAUCAGUGGAAGAAAUCAGAAAAUUUAAGAAAUCCAGGAGGAAGAAGAAAGCUAUGUCACUUCCCAAAAUCGAUCUGGACAAUUACUCUGUCAUACCAGUGGACGAAGGGGAUGAAGACAGGGAUGCAGAAACUGACGAUGACAUGGCAGGAUCUGAUCUUGAUCUUGAUUUAGGAGAUGCAGACUCAGGAGAAGAUGAGAAACCAGAUUCUUCCCUUCCACUCUACGUGCUCCCUCUCUAUUCUUUACUAGCACCAGAGAAACAAGCAAAGGUAUUCAGGCCUCCUCCUCCUGGAACCAGACUCUGUGUUGUAGCCACCAAUGUGGCUGAAACGUCGCUUACCAUCCCUGGCAUCAAAUAUGUGGUUGACUGUGGAAAGGUCAAGAAACGUUUCUACGACAAAAUUACUGGGGUUUCUUCUUUCCGAGUCACCUGGACGUCUCAAGCCUCAGCUAACCAGCGGGCAGGUCGGGCUGGCCGGACUGAACCAGGGCACUGUUACAGGUUAUAUUCUUCAGCAGUGUUCAUGGAUUUUGAAAAAUUUUCUGCUCCAGAAAUAACAAAGCGACCAGUAGAGGACUUGAUCCUGCAAAUGAAGGCGUUGAAUAUAGAAAAGGUAAUCAACUUCCCCUUCCCAACGCCGCCGCCGGCAGAAGCACUUGCAGCAGCUGAGGAAUUGCUGAUAGCCCUGGGUGCCUUGAAGGAGCCCCCAAUGACAGGAAGGCUGAAGGAGCAGCAGACAGCGAAGCUGAGUUGCCCUAUUAGUCCUUUGGGCAGAAUAAUGGCCACUUUUCCUGUAGCCCCACGUUAUGCAAAGAUGCUGGCACUGAGUAGGCAGCAUGACUGCCUGCCUUACACCAUCACCAUCGUGUCUGCAAUGACUGUCCGGGAGCUCUUUGAGGAGUAUGACAGGCCAGCAGUAAGUGAGGAAGAGACAGCAAAGCUGAAGGGGAAGAAAGCAAGGCUCUCACAGAUGCAAAAGAUCUGGGCUGGGCAAGGACAGCUGCAAAAGCUAGGAGACCUCAUGGUGAUGUUGGGAGCAGUGGGGGCCUGUGAAUAUGCAGGGUGCACUCCUAAGUUCUGUGAAGAAAAUGGGCUGCGAUACAAAGCUAUGUUGGAAAUCAGACGCUUGCGGGGGCAGCUGACAACAGCAGUUAACUCAAUCUGCUCUGAUGCUGUACUAUACAUUGAUCCAAAAAUGAAGCCCCCAACGGAAGCCCAAGCAACCUACUUGAGACAGAUUGUGUUGGCAGGGCUAGGGGAUCACGUAGCCCGACGGGUUCAAGCAGAGGAACUCCUGGAUGACAAAUGGAAAAACGCUUACAAGACUGCUCUCCUAGAUGACCCUGUGUUUAUCCAUCCAAGUUCGAUCCUCUUCAAACAACUCCCAGAGUUUGUGGUGUAUCAAGAAAUUGUUGAGACUACAAAAUUAUACAUGAAAGGUGUGUCUGCUGUUGAACCUGAGUGGAUUCCUGUUCUGUUGCCGCCUUACUGCCACUUUGGGAAACCCCUGGAAAAUCCUCCUCCAUCUUACUGCCCUGAAACAGGCAGAAUUCGAUGCCACAGGCCAAGUGUCUUCUAUCGAGUUAGCUGGCCGCUCCCUGCUGUGGAAGUUGAUUAUCCAGAAGGUAUUGAUCGCUAUAAACACUUUGCCAGGUUCCUGCUGGAAGGAAAGGUUGUUGAAAAGUUGGCCUCUUAUAGCCGGUGUCUGCUGUCCAGUCCUGUCAUAAUGCUGAAGACGUGGUCCAAGCUUCAGCCCAGAACAGAAUCCCUCCUGCAGGCUCUCGUUGCAGAAAAUUGUGAUAACCGUGAUGCUUUGCUGGCUGCAUGGAAGAAAAAUCCUAAAUACUUGCUCACUACCUAUUGCCAGUGGAUCCCUGAGGUUAUGCACGCUGAUCUAGCCAAGAAGUGGCCUCCUGUAGCACUGUGAAGUGUCCUG